GUACCAAUGCUGAACGGGUGUUGUCCGAAAUUCGAAGCCUCCAGCAGAACCAAAUGGAAGGACGACCAACCACCAAGGACAUGAACUUACCACCACCUCUUGCUUGUACCGGUACACAACGGCCAUGUUGCUUCACAGAUCUAUCAAGAGAAUCCUUUACCUUGUUUGUUGGGCCCUGAUUGUUGCUCACAACAUAGCACAAGGCCAACACAUUCAACCGAUACCCUCCCAAGAUGACGGCAGUCGUGGGGAUCCCAAGCUCGUCGACGUGUCAGGUUUGGGUCCAGAAGGAACCGACUUUUAUGACAUGCCCUCAAUCGAUAUUCAGUUGGAAGAAGAUGGGCCCACUUGGACUGUGUACAGGCUAGCGCACAUUGACAGUCACUUUGCCGGAGAAUCCAAUGACGGAAUGGUGGCGGCCAAUCUGCUAAGGUAUCAAGCUGGCAACUCUAACGCCGAAGUCUUUACCGGAUUGGUCCACGACCGAGCGGGCGGAAUGUAUUAUGAACUCAAACCCGAUAUAGAUGGAAAUGUUGAAGUCUUGAGCACGCAACGAGAAGACAUGCCCAUGUCUGCCUUGGUUCAACCUGAAGUCCAAUCCAUUUGGACGGAAUUCAAAGCACUGGCUGAUUAUCUCGCUACAUGUGCUCUCAAUCUAAGGCGAGAUCCGGACAAGUUUGUGGAAAUUGAUGUCAUGAUCGUGUGGUCCCACAAUGCCGAAUGUGCCAAGGCAGGGCUCCCUGUGGAUUGCAGUGUCACCGACGACUCGUUAAACAUCAUGUUGGCAGCCCUCAAUCUCACUGUGGAAAUCAACAAUUUUGUCCAUGCCAACUCGCAAACCAACACGAGUCUGAAGAUUGUCCAUGCACAACGAGAUACUUCUGGAUACAGAGAAACGGACCCAUUUCAGCUCAUAACUGAGUUGACCAUUCCCUUGUUCGAUGGCCAGCUCAACUACAUCCACCCACUGCGCGAUCAAAAGAAGGCCGAUUUAGUCGCAUUUGCCUACGACAAUCGCAUCGUUGAGAACCCAGGAUAUGGAAUAGCCAACGCUCCCGUCCCGGUAUUUGGUUUGCAGGGGUUGCCCCUGCCACCGUUCCUGGCGUUUUCGGUCUUUUGCAUCCAGUGUUCAGCUGGAACUUUGCAAACACACGAGUGGGGCCACAAUCUGGGCUGCACCCAUGACCGAGGUACUGUCACAGACCAGAUCAAGGACGCUAUUGGUGACAAUCCAUUCAAUGCAUGUGAAGAUAAAACGCACACGAACUAUGGAUAUCGGUCUCCUACAGGAACGUUUCAUACUGUUAUGAGCUAUCGCUGCCGAGAAGGUCAAUGUGACAACUGGAGUUCCAACACAGCCAACGGCUUCUGUGCAGAAAUCCCAUACUUUUCUGGCAAGGACACAUGGAGAAAUGGCGAAUCGAUGGGUGGCGAAGAGAACAACUGCCGUGAUAGGAUCAAACGGGAUAAGCAUUUCAUUGCAAGGAAUCGGUAGAUGUUGUAUUCAGUGUGAUCAGUGGAUUCAUAUCGGUGCAUGAUGGGCACUUCUUCGGAGGCAGCCAUAAUCGUCAUAUCUUCUUGUCGGAAAGCACUCUAAGCUACGUUGAUGAGCAUUGCAAGCAUGAAGCAAUGAAAUCCUAAAGUUUGCAGGAAGUAACGAAGUCAUGAAGUAAAGGUUAUGAAUGUAAUUGGGUAUCAUCCUGGCU